UGGGGGUCAGGAUGAGGAAAAAGGGACAGGAAAGAUGUCUCCACCCUUCUGGUAAGGAAGUCUCGUGACAAGCUCCAGCCACUAGCAGUCCCGGCCGUCCCAGGAGCUUACAUAAAGGGACAAUUGGAGCCUGGGAGGCCACAGUGCUGACUACGAGGCUCGGCGCACCGGGCACCCUAGGCAUCAUGAGUUGGUCCUUGCACCCCCGGAGUUUAAUCCUCAACUUCUACGCUCUUUUAUUACUCUCUUCAACAUGCCUGGCAUAUGUUGCUACCAGAGACAACUGCUGCAUCUUAGAUGAACGAUUUGGUAGUUUUUGCCCAACUACCUGUGGCAUUGCAGAUUUCCUCUCUACUUACCAAACCAAAGUAGAUAAGGACCUACAGACUUUGGAAGACAUCUUAAAUCAAGCUGAAAACAGCACAGCAGAAGCCAAAGAAUUGAUCAAAGCACUCCAAGUCAGCUAUAAUCCUAAUGAACCAACAAAACCAAAUACGGUAGAGAGUGCUACUCUGAAUUCCAAGAAAAUGCUAGAAGAAAUUAUGAAAUAUGAAACAUUGAUUUUAUCACAUGACUCAAGUAUUCGGUAUUUACAGGAAAUAUAUAAUACAAAUAAUCAGAAGAUCAUGAACCUGAGACAGAAGGUAGCCCAGCUUGAAGAAAAGUGCCAGGAACCUUGCAAAGACACAGUACAAAUACACGACAUAACUGGAAAAGAUUGCCAAGACAUUGCCAAUAAGGGAGCCAAAGUGAGUGGGCUUUACUUUGUCAAACCUCUAAAAGCUAAGCAGCAGUUCUUAGUCUACUGUGAAAUCGAUGGAUCUGGAAAUGGAUGGACUGUGCUUCAGAAGAGACUUGACGGCAGUCUAGAUUUCAAGAAAAACUGGAUUCAAUAUAAAGAAGGGUUUGGACACCUGUCUCCUACUGGCACCACAGAGUUCUGGCUCGGAAAUGAGAAGAUUCAUUUGAUAAGCACACAGUCUGCAAUCCCAUAUGUAUUAAGAGUGGAACUGGAAGACUGGAAUGGAAGAACCAGUCAUGCAGACUAUGCCAUGUUCAAGGUGGCACCUGAAGCUGACAAGUACCGCUUGACAUAUGCCUACUUCAUUGGUGGAGAAGCUGGAGAUGCCUUUGAUGGCUAUGAUUUUGGUGAUGAUCCUAGUGACAAAUUUUUCACAUCCCACAAUGGCAUGCAGUUCAGUACCUGGGACAAUGACAAUGAUAAGUUUGAAGGCAACUGUGCUGAACAGGAUGGAUCUGGUUGGUGGAUGAACAAGUGUCACGCUGGCCACCUCAAUGGAAUUUAUUACCAAGGUGGCACUUACUCAAAAGCGUCUACUCCUAAUGGUUAUGAUAACGGCAUUAUCUGGGCCACUUGGAAAUCCCGGUGGUAUUCCAUGAAGAAAACCACUAUGAAGAUGAUCCCAUACAACAGACUCUCCAUUGGAGAAGGACAGCAACACCACCUGGGGGGAUCAAAGCAGGUGGGGCCAGAACACAACGUGGAAAUAGAAUAUGACUAAGUCAUUUUACCCUGGGGCUGAUUUGUAGAAAAUUAACUGCUAAUAUCUAUUGAUCCACAAAAUUUCAGAAAUUUUCUGAAAGUUUCUUCCUAUUUUCUCUCACCAUAUUUAUUGAUUUUAAGUCUUCUAUUAAGGAUAUUUAGCCUUAAAUGGAAAUUAAAACUCACUUUGGACUGUAUUUCCAAAUCGCUGAAAUCAGAGUUAUUUAAAAAUUGUCAAUUUGAAGACAUAACGUUUUGACUUAUUUCCUUCUAUGAUAAUAAAACUUUAUCAUUUUUUUGCAUUUU